UCCUAUGGCUAUUAUCGUGCCUGUAAGGUUGGUAGGUUUUAGAAAUUAGGUAGUUGGCAAAUAGCUACAAAACACAAUAGAGUUUCCCCCUUCCCUCCCUGCCUCAUUCUCCAACUCUGCCUCUUCCUCUCUCCCAGUCUCUCAUUCCUCUCUCUCUCUCUCUCUCCCUCUCUGGUUUUUCUGCUUCCACACAAACAGCUUCUUCCAGGCUGAAGUUGGGCUGGUCUCCCUGGGAGCAGCAACCACAACAAUCCUGCAGUUCAAAGUUAAGCAGCAAUUGCACAACUUCCAGCAACUCUCUCAGCUGGCUGCUAAUGAGCUGAAAGCCAGGAACAUCUGAGGAGGUGAAAAGGAAGCCUCCAGCCUCCUCCUUUAAGCUGAGACAGAGGCACCCCUCCCCAGACCCAGAUCACUUUGAGAUAAGGACUGUGUUAUUUGCUUGCCUUCCUGGACAGACCAUGGCUCCCUUUGGAAGAAAUUUGCUGAAGACUCGACAUAAGAACAGAGAUUUGGUUCUCUGUGAAGUAAACAGCUGUACUGAUCUCCAACUAAAGACAUGGAUUCUGAGGAGAAGGAAAUUGUGGUUUGGGUUUGCCAAGAGGAAAAGAUUGUCUGUGGAUUAACUAAACGCACCACCUCCACCGAUGUCAUCCAGGCUUUGCUGGAGGAACAUGAGGCUACAUUUGGAGAGAAACGAUUUCUGCUGGGCAAGGCCAGUGACUACUGCAUUGUGGAGAAGUGGAGGGGCUCAGAGAGGGCCCUUCCUCCGUUGACGAGGAUCCUGAAACUGUGGAAGGCUUGGGGAGAUGAGCAAGCCAACAUGCAGUUUGUGUUGGUUAAAACAGAUGCCUUUCUCCCAGUUCCACUGUGGAGGACAGCAGAAACCAAACUAGUGCAAAAUAGUGAAAAGCCUUGGGAGCUCAGCCCAGCGAAUUACAUGAAAACUUUACCACCGGAUAAACAAAAACGAAUCGUCAGGAAAACCUUCCGGAAACUGGCUAAAAUUAAGCAGGACAUGGUUUCUCAUGAUAGGGACAAUAUGGAGACUUUGGUUCAUCUAAUUAUUUCUCAGGACCACACUAUUCACCAACAAGUACAAAGAAUGAAAGAGUUAGAUAUGGAAAUUGAGAAAUGUGAAGCUAAGAUCCACUUGGACCGGGUCGGAAAUGAUGGGGACAAUUACGUUCAGGAGGCAUAUUUAAUGCCCAGGUUUAGUGAAAAUGAGCAAAUGCUAGACUUUCAACCUGAAGACAGCCAGGCUCUGGUGGACCUGAACGACGGUGAGGUGAUGGCUCAGAUGGAAGAAAGGCUACAAUACUACAGAGUGCUCAUCGAAAAGCUCUCGGCUGAAAUUGAGAGAGAGGUGAAGAGCUUGAGCUUCGAUGGAAGUGAAGAUACAGAGGGGAGAGCUGCCUGUGAACUCGAAAACUCUGAUUUAGAAAACGUGAAGUGCGAUUUGGAGAAGAGUAUGAAAGCAGGUUUGAAAAUCCACUCUCACUUGAGUGGCAUCCAGAAAGAGAUUAAAUACAGUGACUCAUUGCUUCAGAUGAAAGCAAGAGAAUACGAACUCCUGGCCAAGGAGUUCAGUUCAUUUCACCUUAGCAACAAAGAUGGAUGCCAGUUUAAAGAAAACAAAGGAAAGGAAGCUGAGGCUGCCUGCAGCAGUGCGGAGAUUCCUCCACUAACUCAAAGGGCAUUCAGCACAUACACAAAUGACACCGAUUCAGACACAGGCAUUAGCUCCAACCACAGCCAGGACUCUGAAACAACUCUGGGCGAUGUCCUGCUGUUGUCAACGUAACUCGGAUGACUUCUUUCUGACCAUUAAUGAUGUUUUGUGUGUUUUAAUGAGAAACUCUAUUCCAUAUAUAACUCUGUGAAAGAGUAAGCCAUGCUAAAAUAUUCAGUAGUUAAUAAAAAUACCAGUGAAAUUGUUGCUUGUUUUCAUAUAGUGUUUCUAAUUUGACUUUGUUACAGGUUCAAGCAAUGAACUAUGUAUUAGGAUUGUAGCUGAAACAAUGUACUGGGGAGUGAUUGAUAAUUCCCCCACAUGAGGCAUGAGAGACAUGAACUUGAAAACAAUUCUCAACUUUGUUCAUCAAACUCUCCACACUGCAAUCAUGAAGAUGUAAAAUGAACACAUGUUCGUCAUUUUUGACAACAUUGCAUUAUCAGAAUGUUUAAGUCUGUAAAGGCCCAUUCCUAUGUCCAAUGUGUCAUGUAUAGAUUAAUUCAAAUCUUGUUUUUUUCAGUCAGACUGUAAAAUGUACUGUGUGUGUGUGUGUGUGUGUGUGUGUGUGUUCCUAACCAAGUCUAACAUGAUCACAAGCUAUGCAUAUGCUCUUACUAUUUACUCAUUAGAUCUUCUAUCCACCAAUGCUAUGUGUGUGCACGUUCAUUAUUUUGGAAGUUAUAGUGUAGGCUACGGAAGAACUCAGUAAAAUUUUUAUUUAUGUCUUCCCAACUCCGUAUGUGGAAGGGGAAUUUACUGUCCUUUGUGUGGAUAUAGCUAUGUUUUGUUUUCUGGGAGCAUACAGAGUAGAAAUGAAUGUUUAUUCUCAUAUCCUGUCACCCGCUGUCAGGACUUCCCCGGAGCUUAAGACAGCUCAGUAUCUUUAAGUUGUUCCAAACUCACUAACGGAAGUUGAAGAAACUGAGUGAAUUACCUGGAUUCUGUCUUCACUCACAAUUAUGUUUUGCUUGAUUUUAAAUAGAUGUUUCCUCUCCCUCCUAUCCUGUUGAUAUCCUACUUUCCUUCUCACAUCUCUUCUUCUUCUCCCUUCUUAGCAGCUGAGACAGGAUGAUGUCAGAGCUAAAACAAUUAAUUUUAUUAUUUUGCUGUGAAUUGAAUAUUGGUGUGCCUUAAUUUUCUGUAGUUGGCCCAUUUCACACAUCAAGAUACAUAAAGCAGAAAUGUUUGAUGUAUUUCUAGCAUGUACACAUUAGCCAUUAUUCCUAGAAUGUUUCUCAUUUAUGCAAACUGGUACAGCUUUUAACUGUUCUGUCUUUUAAAUUUUGUAAGUUUAAAAGAUUGUACUAGCUUUAUUGCAGACUCAAUGUCUUUAAUUGGCUCUUUCAAAAUGUCGUGCCCCACCCCCACCCUUUACUUGCUUCAUGUAUCUUUGGGAAGAUACUUAUAUUUCCAUAGAGUUUCACAUCUGGGAGGCACCUAUUAUUUUUAGACCAUACAAUAAAAGUUUCUAUUCCAGUGAAAUACUGGGUUAAAUAGUAAAUGAUCAUGUUCAAAUAAAUUCCAUUUUUAAACAAAAAAUGGAUUAGUCAUUUGUGUGAAGAAAGUUCACCUGGCUAGCAGAUCAUUAGAUCACUAAAGCACAUGCUAAACUAUUGACAUAUUUAUUGUUACUGAAAGAGAUUAAAUUCAGAAGAUUAUCAUGUAUAAUAAGUCAUUCAGUACUUGGUUUCCCAAAAAUGAAAAUUAUCUCAUUGGAUUUUGUGUUUAAUAAGAAAAUAACUUUAUCUAAAUUCAAAAGCAGGUAUUAUAAGAAUUGCUACAGAGUUUCACUUUAGGAACUUCUAAUUAGCUAACUACUGUUUUCACAGUUACUUAUAGUGGUAGUGUCAAAGGUGAAAUUCUGCUUUGUGUGUGUGUGUGUGUGUGUGUGUUUGUGUGUUUUUCUAGACAGGGUUUCUCUGUAGCCUUGAAGCCUUUCCUGGAACUCACUCUGUAGACCAUGCUGGCCUUGAACUCACAGAGAUCCAUCUGUCUCUCUGAAUUUUGCUGUUAGGAAUGUUUAAAAUUUCUUUUAGAGUGCUGACUUUCUCAAACUUAUUGUAGAGUUUGCAUUUUUCCUAAUUAUUUCUAUUCUUGGUCAUUACAUUAAGUCAUACAGCUAUUAAUUUCCACAGUGAAACCCUAAUAGAAUUAAAUAUGAACAUAUUUAUACAAAUAGAAAUAAUGAAUGAUCUCAUGGAUAUUAUUCAAUUGAUGGUUAAGCUUAUAAAUGCAGGACUUUAAAGUUUAAUUCUUUAAUUAUCUUGAGAAACUUAGUAAAUUACAAAACCUUAAGUAGCCUGGCAGAUUAACCACAAAAUGGUCAUAUGCAGCUAGAAAAGGCAAGCCAGAGUUGACAAUGCUUAUUUUUCCCAGGACCAGGUUAUCAGAGGAUACUUUGUGUACUCUUUUGCUCUGGUGGCCUCUUUCACAAUACUCUUAAUAAAUACUGAAAUGCUGCCUACUUUCUUUUCUUCUGUUUUUGUUGUCAUUGUUUUCUGUUUGUUUUGCUUGGUUUUUCAAGACAGUGUUUCUCAGUGUAACCCUGGCUGUCCUGGACCUCCCACUGUAGACGUUAGCCUCCCAAGUGCUGGGAUCAAAGGCGUGCACCACCACACCCAGCAACUACCUACUUUCAGUGUGCUUAAAAGUGUUCUUUUCUUUCAAACAGUUGUGUUCCAUCUUGGCAAUUCCAAUCCAUUGUCUCUGAAUUUACAAAUAUUUUAGAUGUACUUCUUUUGGUGCUCUCUUAUACAUUAGGCUGUAUGUAUUUAUAUAACCAUCUAACUCUACUCACCUAGUAGAGUUUUUUGUCUUACUCUUUUUAUUAUCUGCCUUUCUAAAUUGGCUGGUUAUGCCAACUUCUUUGUGCCUUGUUCCAUUAGUUAAGUGAAUUGCUAAAUUGUAAUGGGUUUUAUUAUGUUUUAUGAAGUGAAUUGCUAAAUUUUAAAGGAUUUUAUGAUUUUUUACAUUUAUAUACAAUUGUGCAAUUUGUACAUAAGCAUGCAUAUAAGUAGGCUUAAAUAUUAGCAGGCAUUCUACCUAUAAAUUUAGUGAAUAAAUACUAAAUCUAUGAAUUUUACUUUUCUAUUAAUUUUAUCUAUGUGACAUCAUCUUUAAUAAAGAUAAUAAGUGUACAUUAUUAGGGGGCACUGUGUUCAGUACAUGUAUACAUUCCAUCAAGUUUAAGCCAGGAAAAGGAUUCAGUUAUUUUAUUACGAGUUUCUGACUUAAAACAACUCAAAUGCCUUUUAAUUUAAUGACAGUGUUAUAAAAUCUAUGUACGCAGAAAUUUCUGUACUGCCUGCAACUCCCAAAUAAAUACACUGAAGCUUGUAUUAAUUAUAAACGCUUAGCUGAUAGCUCAGGCUUAUUACUAACUAGCUCUGAUAAAUUAACCAAUGCACAUCUAAACAUUGUACAUGUAUAAGAAAAAAAUGCAUAGUGUAGGAUUUGAAGUGGUAGACACUCAAAAUCUUUUAAAUUCCUAAAUUAAAUCACUGUAUCAUUUUUCUUCUUAAUUGCAAAAUCACGAUGUUCUACACAGGCUUUUCUAACCCAUUAAAUUUUUAUUUUUGUAUUUAUUUAAACCUCCACUGUGUAGGACAAAAUAUAUUUCUGUGGCUGCAUUUUAUAAACCUUCAGAAUAGAGUUAUUGUUAUAUUUAAAACAUAUUUUUCUAGUGACAAAGGAAUACAAUUUAAUCCUGAGAUAGCUUUUGAAAUAAUAUUUGGCUGCUUCCUUUCAUGCUGCCUUACUGGUUUGGUAAACUUCACGUCAUACAUAUAAAGAGUCAUUUCUUCAAGUUAUAACUGAUUCAAAAAAAUUCAAAAAAUAAAAGAUUAUUAUAUCCUG